CCAGCAGGAGGACCAGCUGUGGUGAUGAGGUUCUUAGAUGUCAUUAAACUGCCCCUCCUUUUUUGUGCUCAUGGUUCAGCUUUUACUGUGUUCAGCUCAUUUGCUGAGAAUGAAGAUGCUCUUUUGCGACACUUGUUUCGUGGAUAUCAGAAAUGGAUCAGGCCAGUAAAACAUGCUAAUGAUACUAUAAAGGUAUAUUUUGGACUGAAGAUCUCUCAGCUUGUAGAUGUGGAUGAAAAAAAACAGUUAAUGACAACUAAUGUAUGGCUGAAACAGGAAUGGAUCGACCAUAAAUUGUGCUGGAAUCCUGAAGAUUAUGGUGGGAUCACUGCAAUUCGGGUUCCAUCUGAAUCUCUCUGGCUCCCUGAUAUUGUUUUAUUUGAAAAUGCUGAUGGGCGAUUUGAAGGUUCAUUGAUGACAAAAGCAAUAAUUAAGUACAAUGGCAUAGUAGUGUGGAGACCUCCAGCUAGUUACAAAAGUUCCUGCACAAUGGAUGUGACUUUCUUCCCAUUUGACAGGCAGAAUUGCUCCAUGAAAUUUGGAUCAUGGACCUACGAUGGCAACAUGGUUGACCUGAUCCUAGUAGAUGAAAAUGUGGAUAGGACAGACUUUUUUGAUAAUGGGGAAUGGGAAAUCCUAAAUGCCAAAGGAAUGAAAGGAAACCGAAAAGACGGAUUAUAUUCCUACCCAUUCAUCACCUAUUCUUUUGUUUUAAGACGCCUCCCACUGUUCUACACACUUUUCUUAAUAAUCCCAUGCCUAGGACUAUCAUUUUUAACAGUGCUCGUUUUUUACUUGCCCUCGGAUGAGGGAGAGAAACUAUCACUCUCGACCUCCGUUUUAGUUUCCCUCACAGUUUUUCUCCUGGUCAUUGAAGAAAUCAUCCCCUCUUCCUCCAAAGUCAUACCCUUGAUUGGUGAGUACUUGUUGUUCAUCAUGAUUUUUGUCACCCUUUCAAUCAUAGUGACAGUUUUUGUAAUUAAUGUGCACCAUCGGUCCUCGGCCACCUAUCAUCCCAUGGCUCCCUGGGUGAGAAGACUUUUCCUUCAGAAACUGCCCAGGCUGCUCUUCAUGAAAGGACAUGUAGAUCGCUGUGCUUUCGCGGAUCCGGAAGGUGCUCUAAAACCAAAGCCGAGAAAGUAUAAAAACAAACAAUUGAAAGAUGGAGAAAAGGUGGUGGUUGCAUUCUUGGAAAAAGCUGCUGAUUCCAUUAAAUAUAUCUCCAGGCAUGUCAAAAAGGAGCACUUCAUUAGACAGGUAGUGCACGACUGGAAGUUUGUAGCUCAGGUUCUUGACCGGAUCUUCUUGUGGCUAUUUUUGGUGGUGUCUGUGAUCGGGUCUGUUCUUAUAUUUACUCCUGCUUUGGAGAUGUGGUUACAUAGUGGUUUGUAGGAAUGAAACCAUCAAUCGUGUAAGAAUCAACUGGAGGAAGAAGAAAACAGUCGAUCAAGAUGCCUGCUUAGGUAACAUUCAGUGUGCACAGAAACAACAGGAAUGUCACUGACACCAAACUAUGCUGAGCAGAUUCAGAUCAAGUUUUAGAUCAAGUCUUUUAGCUACUAAGCUUAUGAGAUGGGCAUGGAUUGCACAAAAGACUACUUUCACCUAUAUUUAUUGUAUUUAUAGGCAUUUAUCUGUUUACCAAAAUGCUAUAGAAAAACAGAUAAGAAUAUGAAUAUAAGAGUAUAAGAGUAUUAUGUACUGUAUGUUCAUCACCUUGAGUUAUUUAUAAAGUAUCAAAGGGAAGAUAAAAUAAAAUCUAGUAAAUAAAAUUGGUAUUUUAGCAUUAGAAACUUAGAUUAUUUCUUGUUUUAGUUUACAUGACAGAAGUGCAUGUUGUUGAACAUUAGUUCUUAACAGCUC